GCGACGAGUCUUCUCGAUGGAGCCGCUCUGGCGUCGAGAUGGUGCCUGGAAGUCAUUAGAGAGCUCUGUGGUGCUGACUUCAGUCAUCAUGUUCCGGAAUCUGCAGGACCCACAGUCUCCCAGAGAGCACUCCCUCAAGUUGGACCUGGAUGGCAAGAUAAGCAGUGAGAUGGACAGGUGGGCUGAGGCUGGGUCCCCAACAGAGUCUGUCCCCCACAAGGACUUACACCAACAGCUGGGCUUCAUACCCACCAGUGGGAGGCUCUUGAAGUCUGAAUCGGAGGACUCUGGCGUGGAAAUGGCCAGCAGCGAUCACUCUCCCUCUACUCCGGUGGACUCCGAGAAGAGCUUUACCAUGGACUGCAUGGAUGGCCUCCAGCCUUCAGCGAAAGACCCUGCCACUGUGGUAUCCCAUGAUAGCAGCCUCAAAGGGGAAGAGCGAGUGGAACCAGAUCCCGGCCUGGAUCGAGCCUAUCACCGGAAUAUGUCUGUCAGCAAGAAACUAGCCCAGGUUGUGCAACGGUCACAGAAACAUCGUUUGCCUGGCCGGUCACCAAGACAGCUUGGUCAGAGGCCCCGUAGCCUCUUGGACUUGGAGGGGCUCAAGACCUGUUAUGCAUAUCGGUCUGCAAGUGUUGAUGGUGGUGCAGGCACUGCUUGUGGAGGGCACCGGCGAGCCACCUCCGGCUGCAGCAUCCUAGCAAAACAGCCCACAGAAGCAGCGGUGCAGGAUGAGCCUUCACUUACCAUGCCUGGGCAGGGCUUGCGGUACUUGGAGCAUAUCUGCCAGAUGUUGGAAAAAAUUGCCCAGCUGCAGAGGGCCAACCAGCGGCUCCAGCAUCAGCAUCAGAUCAUGGAGUGCAGGCUUCGAGCCCAGGAAUCUGAGAAUGCUGGAUUUUCUGAAGAACCCCCUGAAGAUCCCAGGCUGAAAGGAUUAGAACUUCAGACUGUGAGUCAAGCAGCUACAGAGCUGGAGGAGAUUCCCAGUUCUCCCAGCCCCUACUACCCCCACCACUUCCGGGCACGUUCUGCCUCCGACACGCAUGUGGUGCUGAGCCCGGUCCAUCACUCAGAGAACAGGCCUGAUUGCUCUAGAAAGGCUGUAGCACAUUUUUCCAGCUCACCUAGCUUGUUGGAUCAACCUGAUGGAAGCUCCUGUACUUUGCCACCGGGCAUGAAGCUCAAGAAUGAACAAUCACACUGGAGCAAAGUCAAAGUGCUGAUCAAUAGGAUUACAAGGAAGUCUGUACGGGCCAAUGAGCAGACCUCAUUUGGUGAGGCUGCCCCCAGCAGCAGACGGUGUAGAGCAGAUGAUGUAUUGGACGAACGAGAAGUUCAUUCCAGGCGGCGUUUUCUGCCCGCUCUGGGUGCAAAGAAACGCCAAUCAAAACAUCUUUCCAUGCGGUGAGCACCUAGGAGAUGCGAUGGAUUUGUCUACAAAGUUAUGAGCGGCUAAUGAUCCUUCCCUCCUUCUGUGGAAUUUAAAUCCCUGGCAGCGGUAGAGAAAUGAGGAGUGAUUCUUGCUAAUAUGCAUUCGGAAGUGAGAGCUCCAUCUUCUGAGAUUACAUAUGGAUAGGCUUGGGACUCAGCAACUUUCCUUGGCAAAAGCAGAAAAAAUGUUCCGAUGUCUCAUGCUACAAGAAGAUCCUCUUUGGCUUAGUGCAGGCAAAACACUGGUUCCUUACAAACCACUUCGGGUGCUAGGCUUCAGAAGUGGGCUUCCGCUGCCCUCCUUCCUCUAUCAAGAGCAAUUUUCCCUUUUUCUUUCCAUUAAUCAUAGUUAUUUUGCAUUACAUACGCAGUAAUGAAAGUCCUGGUCAACAAAAACGGUGGGUUGGCAGACCCUGUUGAUGCAGGAAUCUGAUUGCUGCAUAUAACAGUGCAAAUUAUGGUUAUGUGAAAUUGGCUCUCAGCCAAGC